AUGGUCGGCAGUAGUGACGAUGUUGGCGACAGCGGCAGUAGUGACGAUGUUGGCGACAGCGGCAGUGGUGACGAUGUUGGCGACAGCGACAGUGGUGACAAUGUUGGUGACAGCGGCAGUGGUGACGAUGUUGGCGACAGCGACAGUGGUGACAAUGUUGGUGACAGCGGCAGUGGUGACGAUGUUGGCGACAGCGGCAGUGGUGACGAUGUUGGCGACAGCGGCAGUAGUGACGAUGUUGGCGACAGCGACAGUGGUGACAAUGUUGGUGACAGCGGCAGUGGUGACGAUGUUGGCGACAGCGGCAGUGGUGACGAUGUUGGCGACAGCGGCAGUGGUGACGAUGUUGGCGACAGCGACAGUGGUGACGAUGUUGGCGACAGCGGCAGUGGUGACGAUGUUGGCGACAGCGGCAGUGGUGACGAUGUUGGCGACAGCGACAGCGACGACGAUGUUGGCGAUGGCGACGGUGGCAUUAUCGUCAUCAUCGCUGCUAGCUAG